AUGUCUGAGCCUACUUAUCUCGACGCCGAUAUCGAGAAAGAGAUCGAUCUCACCGAUAUCGACUUCUCCGACUUGGAGGAGCAAUACCAGGUGUCGAUCGACCUCAACAACUAUGUUGUUGUCGAUGGCGCUCCCAUCGCCCCCGAGGCUAAGGUGCCCGUGCUUACCAAGGUGUUGCGCAAGUUGUUUGGGGGCGCCGGCACCAUUGUUGAAGGCGAAGAAGGCUUGUUCAUGCCUCUCGAAAACGGCAAGACCAAGGGUUACCUUUUCAUCCAAUACGAAAAGGCCGAAGACGCGAUGAAGGCCAUCAAGCAAUUGAACGGCAAGAAGCUCGAUCAAAACCACAGAUUGCUUGUCAACCGGUUGUCCGACGUGGAAAAGUACGGUGCUGAAGGCAAGAUCUCGACGGAAUUCGUCGAACCCGAAGUGAAGCCGUUCGAAUCGCACGGCUACCUCAAGCUGUGGUUGCAAGACCCCACCGGUAGAGACCAAAUCGUUCUCCACUACUCGGAGACCGUCGGUAUGUUCUGGAACAAGAAGGGCCGCGAACCCGAGCCCGUGGUCGAACCGAGAAAGGGCUUCACCUCUAAGUAUGCCAAGUUCUCGCCUAAGGGGACCUACUUGUUCUCGAUCCACCCGCAAGGUGUCCAAGCGUGGGGGGCUCUGGACUUCCGCAAGGUGGCCAAGUUCUUCCACAACCAGGUGAGACUCGUCGACUUCUCGCCCACGGAAAGAUUCAUGGUGACGUUGUCGCCCCUCCCCAUCACUUUGCCCGAAUCGGCUGAACAAAAAGCGGAAUUCCCCUUCUCGAAGGAGUCGAUUGGCCACAAGUUGGUCAUCUGGGACUUGACCACCAACGAACCGGUGCGGACGUUCGCUUUGCCGCCUUACUUGGAAGGGCAAAAGGAAAUGCCGUGGCCGUUGGUCAAGUGGUCUUACGACGACAAGUACUGUGCUCGUCAAGGGCCCGACGCUCUUGCCGUCUACGAAACCGAAACCUUCCAAUUGUUGGACAAGAAGCUUAUCAAGAUCGACGACAUUGUCGACUUCGAAUGGGCCCCUGCCGGCGUUAAGUUGGCCGGUGGUCAAAAGGGUGAAGCCCCCGCCCACUUGUUGUCGUACUGGACCCCCGAAUCGCCGAACAAGACCGCGAGAGUGGCGGUGAUGCAGAUCCCGUCGCGUGAAGUGUUGCGUACCGUCAACUUGUUCCAAGUGUCUGACUGUAAGAUGCACUGGCAAUCGGAAGGUAAGUUGUUGUGUGUCAAGGUUGACCGGCACACCAAGUCCGGGAAGACUCUUUUCACUAAUCUUGAGUUCUUCAAGACCACCGAAAAGGACAUCCCCGUGGAAAAGGUCGAGCUUAAGGACGUGGUGGUUAACUUCGCUUUUGAACCGAAGUCGGAGAAGUUCAUCACCAUCUCUCGUCUUGACGACGGCAACAACAACCCCGCCAUCCCCAAGAACACCAUCACUUUCUACGAGCCCGAAGCCCAAAAGGGUACCAAGAAGACUGCUGCUACUUCAUACAAGCCGGUGAAGGCCAUCCCCAACAAGCACUCCAACACCAUCGUGUGGUCGCCCAAGGGCCGCUACGCCGUCAUCGCCACCAUCUUGCGUAACAACGGUGAGCUUGAGUUCUACGACACUCAGUUCGACGACGAUAAGGAAAAGAUCAAGUUGCUCAAGACGGAAAAGUACACCGCCAUGACCAACUUGCAAUGGGACCCCUCGGGUCGUUUGUUGGCCGCGUGGUCGUCGGCGUGGAUCCACGCCAUCGACAACGGGUACCACUUGUACGAAUUUACUGGUAACCAAGUGCGCGACCAGACGGUGGAACAAUUCAAGGAGUUCAUCUGGCGUCCCCGCCCGGCGUCGUUGUUAUCGGCCAACGACCGCAAGAAGGUCAGAACCAACCUCCGCGAAUACCUGGCUCAAUUCGACGAAUUGGACGCCAUGGAAGCCGAUGCCGCCGUGCGCGAGGCGAUCCUAGCCCGCAGAAAGGCGUUGGAGAAGUGGAGAGAAUACCGGUCGAAGUACGCCCACAACGAAGAGGCCCACUCCGACGUCCAGGUCGAAACCAUCGAGGAGAUCAAGGAGGAGAUCAUCGAGGAAAAGGAAGAAGUCAUCGAGUAA